AUGGAUCGAUGUUUUAUAGAUGGUCGUCGAGUUAUUGAUGGAAAAAUUGAGCACAGGAAAGAACCGCAUGAGAUGUGGUGUAAUUUACUAAUUAAUUUAUUCAUUAAAAGUAUUACAAAACGUUACGAUGAAAGCAACAACAGCAGUAUGAGUG